AUGCUACCUCUUAUCUUAAUCACAGUGCAUGCUAACACUUGCAAGGUCUACUUCUCUGUUGAAGGGCGUGUUCAAGGUGUUGGCUUCAGAGCUCGAGAAUAUGGUGUGACUGGUUGGUGCCGAAACACAAAGGAUGAGAGAGUUGAAGGAGAGGCUCAAGCCAGCGAGGAGAUUCUUUCCAAGUUCUUCAAGGACGUGGAUGAUGGUCCGAGAUCAGCUCGAGUCACAAAGGUUUCACAAGAAGAGAGACAAAUUAUCGAGGGAGAGAGUGAUUUUACAGUCACGCGUUGA